AUGAAAAAUAUCAUGGCUGGAUUGCAACAAACCAACAGUGAAAAGAUACUCCUGAGCUGGGUCCGACAAUCAACUCGUAAUUAUCCACAGGUUAAUGUCAUUAACUUCACCACCAGCUGGUCUGAUGGUCUGGCUUUGAACGCUCUCAUCCACAGUCAUAGGCCAGACCUGUUUGAUUGGAAUAGUGUGGUUUGCCAGCAGUCAGCCAUACAACGACUGGAACAUGCAUUCAACAUUGCCAAGUAUCAUUUAGGCAUAGAGAAACUACUGGAUCCUGAAGAUGUUGCCACCACUUAUCCAGAUAAGAAGUCCAUCUUAAUGUACGUCACAUCACUCUUCCAAGUUUUGCCUCAACAAGUGAGCAUCGAAGCCAUCCAGGAGGUGGAGAUGUUGCCAAGGCCAUCAAAAGUUACUAGAGAAGAACAUUUUCAAUUACACCAUCAAAUGCACUAUUCUCAACAGAUCACAGUCAGUCUAGCACAGGGCUAUGAGCGAACUCCUUCCUCUCCUAAGCCUCGGUUCAAGAGCUAUGCCUACACACAGGCUGCUUAUGUCACCACCUCUGACCCCACACGGAGCCCAUUUCCUUCACAGCGUUUGGAAGCUCCUGAAGACAAGUCAUUGGGCAGUUCAUUGAUGGAGACUGAAGUAAACCUGGACAGUUACCAGACAGCUUUAGAAGAAGUACUCUCAUGGCUUCUUUCAGCUGAGGACACAUUGCAAGGACAAGGAGAGAUUUCUAAUGAUGUAGAAGAAGUGAAAGAACAAUUUCAUACUCAUGAGGGGUACAUGAUGGAUUUGACAUCCCAUCAGGGACGAGUUGGCAAUGUUCUCCAAUUGGGAAGUCAGCUGAUUGGGACAGGGAAAUUAUCAGAAGAUGAAGAAACUGAAGUUCAAGAACAAAUGAAUCUCCUAAAUUCAAGAUGGGAAUGCCUCAGGGUAGCUAGCAUGGAAAAACAAAGCAAUUUACAUAAAGUUCUAAUGGAUCUCCAGAAUCAGCAACUGAAAGAGUUACAUGACUGGCUAACAAAAACAGAAGAGAGAACAAGGAAAAUGGAAAAGGAACCCUUUGGACCUGAUCUCGAGGACCUAAAACGCCAAGUACAACAACAUAAGGUGCUUCAAGAAGACCUGGAACAGGAACAAGUCAGGGUGAAUUCUCUCACGCACAUGGUGGUGGUGGUUGAUGAAUCUAGUGGCGAUCAUGCAACUGCUGCUUUGGAAAAACAACUUAAGGUACUGGGAGAUCGGUGGGCAAACAUCUGUAGGUGGACAGAAGAUCGCUGGGUUCUUUUACAAGACAUUCUUCUAAAAUGGCAACGUUUUACUGAAGAACAGUGCCUUUUUAGUGCAUGGCUUUCAGAAAAAGAAGAUGCAGUGAACAAGAUUCACACAACUGGCUUUAAGGAGCAAAGUGAAAUGUUAUCAAGUCUUCAAAAACUGGCUGUUUUAAAAGCCGAUCUAGAAAAGAAAAAGCAAACCAUGGACAAACUCUGCUCACUCAACCAAGAUCUUCUUUCAACACUGAAAAAUACAUUGGUAGCCCAAAAGAUGGAAGCAUGGCUGGACAACUUUGCCCAGCGCUGGGAUAAUUUAGUCCAAAAACUUGAAAAGAGUUCAGCACAGAUUUCACAGGCUGUCACCACCACUCAGCCAUCACUAACACAGACAACUGUAAUGGAAACGGUAACUAUGGUGACCACGAGGGAACAAAUCCUCGUAAAGCAUGCCCAAGAGGAACUCCCACCACCACCUCCCCAAAAGAAGAGGCAAAUUAUUGUGGAUUCCGAAAUUAGGAAAAGGUUGGAUGUCGAUAUAACUGAACUUCACAGUUGGAUUACUCGUUCAGAAGCUGUGUUGCAGAGUCCUGAAUUUGCAAUCUAUCAGAAGGAAGGCAACUUCUCAGACCUUAAAGAAAAAGUCAAUGCCAUAGAGCGAGAAAAAGCCGAGAAGUUCAGAAAACUGCAAGAUGCCAGAAGAUCAGCUCAGGCCCUGGUGGAACAGCUGCUGAAUGAGGGUGUUAAUGCUGACAGUAUCAGACAAGCCUCAGAACAACUGAACAGCCGGUGGAUCGAGUUCUGCCAGUUGCUAAGUGAGAGACUUAACUGGCUGGAGUAUCAGAACAACAUCAUCACUUUCUAUAAUCAGCUACAACAAUUGGAGCAGAUGACAACUACUGCAGAAAACUGGUUGAAAACCCAACCCACUACCACAUCAGAGCCAACAGCAAUUAAAAGCCAGUUAAAAAAUUGUAAGGAUGAAGUCAACCGGCUGUCAGUUCUUCAGCCUCAAAUUGAGCGAUUAAAAAUUCAAAGCAUAACCCUGAAAGAGAAAGGACAAGGGCCAAUGUUCCUGGAUGCAGACUUUGUGGCCUUUACAAAUCAUUUUAACCAAGUCUUUGCUGAUAUGCAGGCCAGAGAGAAAGAGCUACAGACAAUUUUGGACACUUUGCCACCCAUGCGCUAUCAGGAGACCAUGAGUACCAUCUUCAUGUGGAUCCAGCAGUCAGAAACCAAACUCUCUGUACCUCAGGUCACUGUCACUGAAUAUGAGAUCAUGGAGCUGAGACUUGGGGAGUUACAGGCUUUACAAAGCUCUCUACAAGAACAACAAAAUAGCUUAAACUAUCUCAGCACCACUGUGAAAGAGAUGUCAAGGAAAGCGCCCUCUAAUAUUAGCAGGAAAUAUCAGUCAGAAUUUGAAGAGAUUGAGGGCCGAUGGAAGAAACUCUGUGCCCAGCUUGUCGAACAUUGCCAAAAGCUAGAGGAGCAAAUGGCUAAACUCCGAAAACUUCAGAAUCACAUAAAAACCCUGAAGAAAUGGAUGGCCGAAGUUGAUGUUUUCUUGAAAGAGGAAUGGCCUGCCCUUGGGGAUUCAGAAAUUCUUAAAAAACAGCUGAAGCAGUGCAGGCUUUUAGUCAGUGAUAUUCAGACAAUUCAGCCCAGUCUAAACAGUGUCAAUGAAGGUGGACAGAAAAUAAAGAAUGAAGCGGAGCCAGAGUUUGCUUCUAGACUGGAGACAGAGCUCAGAGAACUUAACACUCAGUGGGAUCACAUGUGCCGACAGGUCUAUGCCAGAAAGGAGGCCUUAAAGGGAGGUUUGGAUAAAACUGUAAGCCUUCAGAAAGAUUUAUCAGAGAUGCAUGAAUGGAUGACACAAGCUGAAGAAGAAUACCUAGAGAGAGAUUUUGAAUAUAAAACCCCAGAUGAAUUACAGACAGCAGUUGAAGAGAUGAAGAGAGCUAAAGAAGAGGCCCAGCAAAAAGAAGCAAAAGUGAAACUCCUCACUGAGUCUGUAAACAGUGUCAUAGCUCAAGCUCCACCUGCAGCACAAGAGGCCUUAAAAAAGGAACUUGACACUCUCACCACCAACUACCAGUGGCUCUGCACCAGGCUGAAUGGGAAAUGCAAGACUUUGGAAGAAGUUUGGGCAUGUUGGCAUGAGUUAUUGUCAUACUUGGAGAAGGCAAACAAGUGGCUAAAUGAAGUAGAAUUUAAACUUAAGGCCACUGAAAAUAUUCCUGGUGGAGCUGAGGAAAUCUCUGAGGUGCUAGAUUCACUUGAAAAUUUGAUGCAACAUUCAGAGGAUAACCCAAAUCAGAUUCGCAUAUUGGCACAGACCCUAACAGAUGGCGGAGUCAUGGAUGAACUGAUCAAUGAGGAACUCGAGACAUUUAAUUCUCGUUGGAGAGAACUACAUGAAGAGGCCGUGAGGAGGCAAAAGUUGCUUGAACAGAGUAUCCAGUCUGCCCAGGAGAUUGAAAAAUCCUUACACUUAAUUCAGGAGUCCCUCUCAUCCAUUGACAAGCAGUUGGCAGCUUAUAUUGCUGACAAAGUGGACGCAGCUCAAAUGCCUCAGGAAGCCCAGAAAAUCCAGUCUGAUUUGACAAGUCAUGAGAUCAGUUUAGAAGAAAUGAAGAAACAUUACCAGGGAAAGGAAGCUGCCCAAAGGGUACUAUCCCAAAUUGAAGUGACGCAGAAAAAAUUGCAAGAUGUUUCCAUGAAGUUUCGAUUAUUCCAGAAGCCAGCCAAUUUUGAGCAGCGUCUACAGGAAAGUAAGAUGAUUUUAGAUGAAGUGAAGAUGCACUUGCCUGCAUUGGAAACAAAGAGUGUUGAACAGGAAGUAGUACAGUCACAGUUAAAUCACUGUGUGAACUUGUAUAAAAGUCUGAGUGAAGUGAAGUCUGAAGUGGAAAUGGUGAUUAAAACUGGACGUCAGAUUGUACAGAAGAAGCAGACGGAAAACCCUAAAGAGCUUGAUGAAAGAGUAACGGCUUUGAAAUUGCAUUAUAAUGAGCUGGGAGCAAAGGUAACAGAAAGAAAGCAACAGUUGGAGAAAUGCUUGAAAUUGUCCCGUAAGAUGCGAAAGGAAAUGAAUGCCUUGACAGAGUGGCUGGCAGCUACAGAUAUGGAAUUGACAAAGAGAUCAUCAGUUGAAGGAAUGCCUAGUAAUUUGGAUUCUGAAGUUGCCUGGGGAAAGGCUACUCAGAAAGAGAUUGAGAAACAGAAGGUUCACCUAAAGAGCAUUACAGAGCUAGGAGAGGCCUUGAAAGCAGUUUUGGGCAAGAAGGAGACCUUGGUGGAAGAUAAACUGAGUCUUCUGAAUAGUAACUGGAUAGCUGUCACUUCCCGGGCAGAAGAGUGGUUAAACCUUUUGUUGGAAUACCAGAAACACAUGGAAACCUUUGACCAGAAUGUGGAUCACAUCACAAACUGGAUCAUUCAGGCUGAUACACUUUUGGAUGAAUCUGAGAAAAAGAAACCACAGCAAAAAGAAGACAUGCUUAAGCGUUUAAAGGCUGAAAUGAAUGACAUACGCCCAAAGGUGGACUCCACGCGUGACCAAGCAGCAAACUUGAUGGCAAACCGCGGCGACCACUGCAGGAAAGUAAUAGAGCCCAAAAUCUCAGAGCUCAACCAUCGAUUUGCAGCCAUUUCUCACAGAAUUAAGACUGGAAAGGCCUCCAUUCCUUUGAAGGAAUUGGAGCAGUUUAACUCAGAUAUACAAAAAUUGCUUGAACCACUGGAGGCUGAAAUUCAGCAGGGGGUGAAUCUGAAAGAGGAAGACUUCAAUAAAGAUAUGAGUGAAGACAAUGAGGGUACUGUAAAAGAAUUGUUGCAAAGAGGAGACAACUUACAACAAAGAAUCACAGAUGAGAGAAAGCGAGAGGAAAUAAAGAUAAAACAGCAGCUGUUACAGACAAAACAUAAUGCUCUCAAGGAUUUGAGGUCUCAAAGAAGAAAAAAGGCUCUAGAAAUUUCUCACCAGUGGUAUCAGUACAAGAGGCAGGCUGAUGAUCUCCUGAAAUGCUUGGAUGACCUUGAAAAAAAAUUAGCCAGCCUACCUGAACCCAGAGAUGAAAGGAAAAUAAAGGAAAUUGAUCGUGAGUUGCAGAAGAAGAAAGAGGAGCUGAAUGCAGUGCGUAGGCAAGCUGAGGGCUUGUCUGAGGAUGGGGCAGCAAUGGCAGUGGAGCCAACUCAGAUCCAGCUCAGCAAGCGCUGGCGGGAAAUUGAGAGCAAAUUUGCUCAGUUUCGAAGACUCAACUUUGCACAAAUUCACACUGUCCAUGAAGAAUCAGUGAUGGUGAUGACUGAAGAAAUGCCUUUGGAAAUUUCUUAUGUGCCUUCUACUUAUCUGACUGAGAUUACUCAUGUCUCACAAGCCCUAUCUGAAGUGGAACAACUUCUCAAUGCUCCUGACCUCUGUGCUAAAGAUUGUGAAGAUCUCUUCAAACAAGAGGAGUCUCUGAAGAAUAUAAAAGACAGCCUGCAACAAAUCUCAGGUCGGAUUGACGUUAUUCACAAUAAGAAGGCAGCAGCAUUGCAAAGUGCCACACCGGUGGAAAAGGCGAGGCUACAGGAAGCUCUCUCACAGCUCGAUUUCCAAUGGGAAAGAGUUAACAGAAUGUGCAAGGACCGACAAGGGCAAUUUGACAGAUCUGUUGAAAAAUGGCGGCGGUUUCAUUAUGAUAUGAAGAUAUUUAGUCAAUGGCUAACAGAAGCUGAACACUUUCUCAAAAAGACACAAGUUCCUGAGAGUUGGAAACAUGCCAAAUACAAAUGGUAUCUUAAGGAACUCCAGGAUGGCAUCGGGCAGCGGCAAACUGUUGUCAGAGUAUUGAAUGCAAAUGGGGAAGAAAUAAUUCAGCAGUCCUCAAAAACAGAUGCCAGUAUUCUACAAGAAAAAUUGGGAAGCCUGAAUCUGCGGUGGCAGGAGGUCUGCAAACAGCUGGCCGAAAGAAAAAAGAGGCUAGAAGAACAAAAGGAUAUCUUGUCAGAAUUUCAAAGAGAUUUAAAUGAAUUUGUUUUAUGGUUGGAAGAAGCAGAUAACAUUACUAGUAUUCCACUUGAACCUGAAGAUGAGCAGCAACUAAAAGAAAAACUUGAGGAAGUCAAGUUACUGGCAGAAGAGUUGCCCCUGCGCCAGGGAAUUCUAAAACAAUUAAAUGAAACUGGAGGAACAGUGCUUGUAAGUGCUCCCAUAAGCCAAGAAGAGCAAGAUAAACUUGAAAAUAAGCUCAAGCAGACAAAUCUUCAGUGGAUAAAGGUUUCUAGAGUUUUACCUGAGAAACAAGGAGAAAUUGAGGCUCACAUAAAAGACCUUGGACAGCUUGAAGAGCAAUUAAAUCAUCUGCUUCUGUGGCUGUCUCCUAUUAGGAAUCAGUUGGAAAUUUACAACCAACCAAAUCAAACAGGACCAUUUGACAUUAAGGAAACUGAAGUAGCAGUUCAAGCUAAACAGCCGGAUGUGGAAGGGAUUUUGUCUAAAGGGCAGCAUUUGUACAAGGAAAAACCAGCCACUCAGCCCGUGAAGAGGAAGUUAGAAGAUCUGAGCUCAGAGUGGAAGGUGGUAACCCAUUUACUUCAAGAGCUAAGGACAAAGUGGCCUGGCCCUACCCCUGGACUCACCACUACUGGAGCUUCUCCUAGUCAGACUGUUACUCUGGUGACACAACCUGUGGUUACCAAGGAAACUGCCGUCUCCAAACUAGAAAUGCCAUCUUCCUUGCUGUUGGAGGUACCUGCUCUGGCAGAUUUCAACCGGGUUUGGACAGAACUUACCGACUGGCUGUCUCUGCUUGAUCGUGUUAUAAAAUCACAGAGGGUGAUGGUGGGUGAUCUUGAAGACAUCAACGAGAUGAUCAUCAAGCAGAAGGCAACACUGCAGGAUUUGGAACAGAGGCGCCCCCAGUUGGAAGAGCUCAUUACUGCUGCCCAGAAUUUGAAAAACAAGACCAGCAAUCAAGAGGCUAGGACAAUCAUUACUGAUCGAAUUGAAAGAAUUCAGAGUCAGUGGGAUGAAGUACAGGAACACCUUCAGAACCGGAGGCAACAGUUGAAUGAAAUGUUAAAAGAUUCAACACAAUGGCUGGAAGCUAAGGAAGAAGCUCAGCAGGUCUUGGGGCAGGCCAGAGCCAAGCUUGAGUCAUGGAAGGAGGGUCCCUACACAAUGGAUGCAAUCGAAAGGAAAAUCACAGAAACCAAGCAGUUGGCCAAAGACCUCCGCCAGUGGCAGAUAAAUGUAGAUGUGGCAAAUGACUUGGCACUGAAACUUCUUCGGGAUUAUUCUGCAGAUGAUACCAGAAAAGUACACAUGAUAACAGAGAACAUCAAUGCCUCUUGGGCAAGCAUUCAUAAAAGAGUGAGUGAGCGAGAGACUGCUUUGGAAGAAACUCAUAGAUUACUGCAACAGUUCCCGCUGGACCUGGAGAAGUUUCUUGCCUGGCUUACGGAAGCCGAAACAACUGCCAACGUCCUGCAGGAUGCCACCCAUAAGGAAAGGCUCCUAGAAGACUCCAAGGGAGUAAGAGAGCUGAUGAAACAAUGGCAAGACCUCCAAGGAGAAAUCGAAGCUCACACAGAUAUCUAUCACAACCUGGAUGAAAAUGGCCAAAAAAUCCUGAGAUCCCUGGAAGGUUCUGAUGAUGCGGUUCUGUUACAAAGACGUUUGGAUAACAUGAACUUCAAGUGGAGCGAGCUGAGGAAAAAGUCUCUCAACAUUAGGUCCCAUUUGGAAGCCAGUUCUGACCAGUGGAAGCGUCUGCACCUUUCUCUUCAGGAACUUCUGGUGUGGCUACAGCUGAAAGAUGAUGAGUUAAGCCGGCAGGCACCUAUUGGAGGCGAUUUCCCAGCAGUUCAGAAGCAGAAUGAUGUACACAGGGCCUUCAAGAGGGAAUUGAAAACGAAAGAACCUGUAAUCAUGAGUACUCUUGAGACUGUGCGAAUAUUUCUGACAGAGCAGCCUUUGGAAGGACUAGAGAAACUCUACCAGGAGCCCAGAGAGCUGCCUCCUGAGGAGAAAGCCCAGAAUGUCACACGGCUCCUACGAAAGCAGGCGGAGGAGGUCAACACUGAGUGGGAAAAAUUGAACCUGCACUCAGCUGACUGGCAGAGAAAAAUAGAUGAGGCCCUCGAAAGACUCCAGGAACUUCAGGAGGCAACGGAUGAGCUGGACCUCAAACUGCGCCAAGCUGAAGUGAUCAAGGGAUCGUGGCAGCCCGUGGGCGAUCUCCUCAUUGACUCCCUCCAAGACCACCUCGAGAAAGUCAAGGCACUUCGAGGAGAAAUUGCACCUCUCAAAGAGAAUGUAAGCCACAUCAAUGACCUUGCUCGCCAGCUCACCACGUUGGGCAUUCAGCUGUCACCAUAUAACCUCAGCACUCUGGAAGACCUGAACACCAGAUGGAAGCUUCUGCAGGUGGCUGUUGAGGACCGCAUCAGGCAGCUGCACGAAGCCCACAGGGACUUUGGCUCAGCAUCCCAGCACUUCCUUUCCACUUCUGUCCAGGGUCCCUGGGAGAGAGCCAUCUCACCAAACAAAGUGCCCUACUAUAUCAACCACGAGACCCAAACAACUUGCUGGGACCAUCCCAAAAUGACAGAACUCUACCAGUCUUUAGCUGACCUGAAUAAUGUCAGGUUCUCGGCUUAUAGGACUGCCAUGAAACUCCGAAGACUGCAAAAGGCCCUUUGCUUGGAUCUCUUGAGCCUGUCAGCUGCAUGCGAUGCCCUGGACCAGCACAACCUCAAGCAAAAUGACCAGCCCAUGGACAUCCUGCAGAUCAUUAACUGUCUGACCACUAUUUAUGAUCGCCUGCAGCAAGAGCACAACAAUCUGGUCAACGUCCCUCUCUGCGUGGAUAUGUGUCUCAAUUGGCUGCUGAAUGUUUAUGACACGGGACGAACAGGGAGGAUCCGGGUCCUGUCUUUUAAAACUGGCAUCAUUUCUCUGUGUAAAGCACAUUUGGAAGACAAGUACAGAUACCUUUUCAAGCAAGUGGCCAGUUCAACGGGCUUUUGUGACCAGCGCAGACUGGGCCUCCUUCUGCAUGAUUCUAUCCAGAUCCCAAGACAGUUGGGUGAAGUCGCAUCCUUUGGGGGCAGUAACAUUGAGCCGAGUGUCAGGAGCUGCUUCCAAUUUGCUAAUAAUAAGCCUGAGAUUGAAGCGGCUCUCUUCCUAGACUGGAUGAGACUGGAACCCCAGUCCAUGGUAUGGCUGCCCGUCCUGCAUAGAGUGGCUGCUGCGGAGACUGCCAAGCAUCAGGCCAAGUGUAAUAUCUGCAAGGAGUGUCCAAUCAUCGGCUUCAGGUACAGGAGUCUAAAGCACUUUAAUUAUGACAUCUGCCAAAGUUGCUUUUUUUCUGGUCGCGUUGCAAAAGGCCACAAAAUGCACUAUCCCAUGGUGGAAUAUUGCACUCCGACUACAUCGGGAGAAGAUGUUCGAGACUUUGCCAAGGUACUGAAAAACAAAUUUCGAACCAAAAGGUAUUUUGCGAAGCAUCCCCGAAUGGGCUACCUGCCAGUGCAGACGGUCUUAGAGGGGGACAACAUGGAAACUCCUGUUACUCUGAUCAACUUCUGGCCGGUAGAGUCUGCGCCUGCCUCGUCCCCUCAGCUUUCACACGAUGAUACUCAUUCACGCAUUGAACAUUAUGCUAGCAGGCUAGCAGAAAUGGAAAACAGCAAUGGAUCUUAUCUAAAUGAUAGCAUCUCUCCUAAUGAGAGCAUAGAUGAUGAACAUUUGUUAAUCCAGCAUUACUGCCAAAGUUUGAACCAGGACUCCCCCCUGAGCCAGCCUCGUAGUCCUGCCCAGAUCUUGAUUUCCUUAGAGAGUGAGGAAAGAGGGGAGCUAGAGAGAAUCCUAGCAGAUCUUGAGGAAGAAAACAGGAAUCUGCAAGCAGAAUAUGAUCGUCUCAAGCAGCAGCAUGAACAUAAAGGCCUCUCCCCACUGCCGUCCCCUCCUGAAAUGAUGCCCACCUCUCCUCAGAGUCCCCGGGAUGCUGAGCUCAUUGCUGAGGCCAAGCUACUGCGUCAACACAAAGGCCGCCUGGAAGCCAGGAUGCAAAUCCUGGAAGACCACAAUAAACAGCUGGAGUCACAGUUACAUAGGCUAAGGCAGCUGCUGGAGCAACCCCAGGCAGAGGCCAAGGUGAAUGGUACAACGGUGUCCUCUCCUUCUACGUCUCUUCAGAGGUCAGACAGCAGCCAGCCUAUGCUGCUCCGGGUGGUGGGCAGUCAAACUUCGGAAUCCAUGGGUGAGGAAGAUCUUCUCAGUCCUCCCCAGGACACAAGCACAGGGUUAGAAGAAGUGAUGGAGCAACUCAACAACUCCUUCCCUAGUUCGAGAGGAAGAAAUACCCCUGGGAAGCCAAUGAGAGAGGACACAAUGUAGGAAGCCUUUUCCACUUGGCAGAUGAUUUGGGCAGAGCGAUGGAGUCCUUAGUUUCAGUCAUGACAGAUGAAGAAGGGGCAGAAU